AUGUCAGCGAGUUAUAUCAUACGAGAACGCGAUAAGAUUGUUCACGACGAUCCGACCACUUCAAGGACGUUUCUUGAAAAGAGCAAUAUAGCAAGAUUUAGAAGAAUGGCAGCGUCCGUCGAUGAUACAGCUGCUAUGAAUUAUCGCAAAGUAUUAGCGAAAAUCAUUAAUGAUGGUGGAUAUUGCCCAGAUCAAGUAUUUAAUGCAGAUGAGACUGGUUUAUUCUGGAAAAAAAUGCCCAACCGAACAUUCAUUGCGAAAUCGGAGAAAACUGCAAGUGGUUUUAAAGCGGCAAAGGAUCGAAUCACACUUCUUCUUUGCAGUAAUGCCUCUGGUGCAAAGAUCAUGGGCACAUCAGCUGUAAUUGCAACAUGGUUCAACGAUUCUUUUUUACCAGAAGUUGAAAAAUACAUGGGAGAGAUGGGUUUUCCGUUUACAGUGUUGCUAAUUGUAGGUAAUGCACCCGGUCAUCCCUGUAUAGUACAUCCUAAUGUACAAAUAAAGUUUUUACUGCCAAAUACGACUAGUUUUAUACAACCACUGCAUCAGGGCAUAAUCGCAAAUUUUAAGAAACAUUAUAUCAAAUUAUUUUUCAGCUACAUUUUGAAAAAGCUAGAGAACGAUAAAUUAAGCCUGACUGAAGUUUGGAAAAAAUUCUCAAUCUUAGACUGUAUAAACCAUAUUAUUGCAGCAAUUGGACAAAUCAAGCAACACACAUUAAAUUCGUGCUGGAAAGCAAUCUGGCCUGAAUGUGUAAAUAAUCGAAACGUUACCGAAAAAACAUCAACGUUAUUAUCUGAAAUAAGUGCGCUCGCACAUAACAUCGGCGGAGAAGGCUUUGAUACAUUCGCCGAAAAUGACCUGGACGAGAUGAUUGAGGACGAAACUGUCAAUGAUAGUAACAUUAUCAAUAAUAGCAAUGCGGAAAGAUCUUUAAAAUUCCAAAAAGAGCUGAGCUCAUGCAUGUCUUGCUAUCGUGACGUUUACAUGCAAUUGACUAGUCGACCGACGUCACAAAAACUGAUCACUGACCUUAUGGUACCAAAUCAAUUGAAAUCCUAUUUUCAAGCGACGAAAGCAAUUUUGAAUCAAUUCAUCACAAGAAGAUGCGCGUUUUGUAUUACGACGAGUAGCACCAAACUAUUUAAUGUAUAA